GAGGAGGAGGAGGAGGAGGAGGAGGAGGAGGAGGAAAGGAACGCAUUGUUGGCAAGGUUUGUACACGUACUGAUGCAAUUCCUUGCCAGACUCAACGAUCUCUUCACGCGUGAAUGGAAAGACAUUGCGAGAUCCGACUGUCUUCCGCAUUUGUAA